AUGUAUAUCAACUACUUGGAGAAGCUUUUCCACCUGUGUGGAUUCGUCCCAGAACGGGAUGUAUUACGAAUACCCUCAACAAGACGGAUCUGCAUUGUUGGCCGGAAGUUCCACUCUACGAGUCAGACGGAAAGACUUGCAAAAAUCGAGCAAAUAGUGGAAGCCGAGAAGGUCGCCGCAUCCGCAACCACUUUCGUGCCGCGUGACGCCACGGAACCCGUUCUCAACUGCACCCAACUGCCACUCGAUGUAAAGCGUUCCGUUUGUGACCUGGUCUUUACAGCGCUUCUAAGUCAGCCGCCUGACGAACCCGAGUUGAGGAUGUGGAACCUGACGGUUUCCGAUGACGGUCGUAUUCGUACGACCGACGGGCGUUGGUGGAAUCCCGGAGGGCAUCUCAGUUUGAGUGAAAUCACAAAAAUGAUACCACAGGAACAUCUUGCAGCGAUGAAAACCCAACAUGGUGGCUUGCAGACUUUACUACGCAAUCAUUAUCAAGCAUUCAACGUCGUUGGCGGUUCGGUACGUCUUCGCUGGCUGCCAGAGAAAAUAGCAAAACCUAAUGUUGUGAUCCCUGCCAUACAAAGGCCAACUGUUAAAUCGGCGAAACGGAAAACGAAACCUUGUUGGAUGUUCACAAACCACCCAGAUGGUUGCCCGUAUUCCGAAGCAGAAUGUGAUUUUGUACAUGCAACUAUUGAGAAUUGAAAUAAAAAUUUUCUGUAUACCAGGUGUC